AUGGCCGCUAAAGCUUUCUUUGUUAUUUGCGCUUCAGCUUUAAUGGCUCAGACCAUUUCUGGUCAGUGCAUCGGUGUUGGUAACAACAUCGCCGGCACUACCUUAGCUGACGAGCUCGCCCUAGCCGGCAACAGGCUCCCGUGCGGCUCCAACCCAGCAGGGCUGAGCGGCUACCCCGGCAGCUACGGCCUAGCUGCCAACUCCUUCGUGCCGUCCAGCGGCGGCGGCUUCGCAGUCACCAGCUACUCCCCCAUCGCGCCCACCGGCAUCACCGUCGUCUCGGAGAACGCUAUCGAAGGCGCGCUCACUGUCAACGGAGAGCUGCCGUUCUUGGGCGCUGUGGCUGUGGACGGCGCUCUGCCCACUGCCGGCGCGGGCGGCAUCAACUACGGCUGCGGCAGUGGCUCCGUGGCUAUCGUCAGCGAGGUUGCUCCUGCUGGACCUUACGCCCCCGUGGCUCCUGCCGCUGGUUUAGCUCCCGGCAGAAUCGGUUAUGGACCUGGUCUGGCUGGUCCUGGUCUGGCUGGAUCCGGUCUGGGUGCCCCUGGUCUCGGUCCAGCCGGCCCCGGUCUGGGAUACAACGGUCUUGCUGGCCCUGGUUGUGGUUUCAACGGAGUUUACUAG